AUGAGAUCAGUAGGUGGCCAAAUAACUACCAUUUUCAACUCUUCCUCUUGCUCACACAAUUUCGUGUCGUUAAAUAUUUGUGAAAAUUCAAGCACGUUUGCGACGUUUAGAAGGAACGCAAAAGGGGGCUUCAAAUGGGGUUGGCAAGUAGCACUCUUCGCAACCUCCUAUUGUGGCAUUGUAACAAUGAUUUCGGUAUAUAGAAGGAAAUCUUCGCUGUAUGAGUACUUACCAGCGGGUUUAAUUUCUGGCGCUUUAUAUAAAGUUAAUAUGGGCUUAAAAGGUAUCAUAAGAAGAAACUUAGCCCUUGCCUUAAAAAGGCGUAUAUCUUAAAUA